AGCUGAUAUUGAUAUUGUGAAAAAAUACAAAAGUAGCUGCGAUUUUUAACUGCAUCGCAGAUGCAAAUAACAUAAAUUGUAUAAUUUAGCAAUUUCCUUCAACUAUGAAUCAGCUACCAGACGACCAUUUUCGUUAUAUUUAUAGUUCUUCAUUACAUGAACAAGUGCAAAUAAAAGUUGGUACAUUAGAAGGUAAAAAACGUCAGCCAGAUUUUGAAAAACUCUUAGAAGAUCCCAUUUUACGCUUUUCUGGCCUCUACUCGGAGGAAUGUCCGGCCUUUCAAAUUCGUUUACAAGUGUUCAACAAAAAUCGGCCAUACUGCCUGCCAGUAACCACCUCUUACAAAGCUUUCACAAAACGUUGGAGCUGGAAUGAAUGGGUGACACUGCCAUUGCAAUUUUCCGACUUACCACGAACAGCUAUGUUAGUGCUAACAAUCCUCGACUGUGCAGGUGCUGGUAAAACCACAGUAAUAGGCGGUACAGCAAUUUCUUUGUUCGGCAAGAAUGGUUUAUUCCGCCAAGGUAUGUUCGAUUUGCGAGUGUGGUUGGGUGUAGAAGGUGAUGGCAGUUAUCCAUCGAAAACGCCUGGCAAGGGGAAAGAAUCCUCAAAAUCGCAAAUGCAACGCUUAGGUAAACUGGCAAAGAAACAUCGAAACGGGCAGAUGCAUAAAGUCGAUUGGUUAGAUCGGUUGACAUUCCGUGAGAUAGAAGUAAUUAAUGAACGAGAAAAACGCAUGUCGGAUUACAUGUAUCUAAUGAUAGAGUUCCCUACAGCCGUGUUUCAAGAGUAUUAUAAUUAUUCCAUUGUGUACUUCGAACCAGAAGGAGAUAAAAGCCAUAAAAUACUGACAAAACCCAAAUUGGUAACUGUGCCGGAUUCAGAUAUAUUGCAGGAGAAUCUCGUCGAGCGUAAACACCAUCGCCUGGCACGUUCUGAACGUUCUCGAAUUUCCGAUCGCGAUGCAAAGCCAACCGCUGUUAUUCGCAAUCAACUGCACACCAUUGUUUACCGUUAUCCACCAACAUGCGUUCUCAGCAGUGAAGAGCAGGAUCUUUUAUGGAAGUUCCGAUUUUAUUUAUGUUCACAUCGUAAAGCGUUGACGAAAUUUCUCAAAUGCAUCAACUGGGAGACACAACACGAAGUUAUGCAAGCGCUCUCGCUAAUGGCCAAAUGGGAACCGAUGGAUGUGGAGGACGCCUUAGAGUUACUUAGUCCAGUCUUUACACAUCCCGAAGUGCGACGUUAUGCCAUCAGCCGUUUGGCUCAAGCGCCUGAUGAAGAUUUGCUGCUAUAUCUGUUGCAACUUGUGCAGGCUUUGAAAUAUGAAAAUUUCAACGAUAUCGUCGACUUACAUAAACAACUAUUUCCCGAUCAUGAUGUUGUACGUUCAUUAGAUGGCACCUCCACCAUCUUAGACCCAAGUUCGAUUUGCUCCGAUUCACUUAGUGCUGGCUCGUCAGUGAUUGCGGCAAGUAGCGUUGGUUCUCAGCGCGGCAUUGUGGCGUCUGUUCUUCAGCGCAAUGUACAAACAGAAAUGUCGACACCGCGCACAUCAACGUCUGUAGCUCCAUUAGCGAUAACAAGCACAAAAGCAGCAGCAGCAACGGACACACCACCAAUUUCCAUUUCCACAACUUCGUCAGCUAUUGCUGCUGCAGUUGGCGGUAGCGGUGCUGGUGAUGGCGAUAACAUUUAUAUAAAUACUACUUCUGUAGUUUCUGGUACUUCUGUUGCCACUAAUACUCUGUCUGGUGAUAGUAACUCAAUUGGUCCACUGAGAAAUGAUCCCGGAGAUCUCUGUACAUUCCUAAUACAACGUGCUUGCAAAAAUCCUACACUGGCCAAUUACCUUUACUGGUAUUUGUCCAUAGAGGUGGAGGACCAUGAGUCCUUACGUAAGCAGGAUGAGCGGGUGCAUGAUAUGUAUGUGAUGGUGUUGCGUAUUUUCCUUAAGGUCCUAGAAACCGGCAACUUUCAACUGCGAAAUAUUCGGCAUAAUUUGAAGAAACAGCAGAUUUUAGUUGAUGAGUUGGUUAAGUUGGUGAAGAUGGUGGCCAAGGAGCCGGGAAACCGCAAUAAAAAGACAGAAAAGUUCCAGAAACUUUUAACCGAAAUGGAUACAUUUAAAAUCAACUUUACUGGCUUCGAUCCGCGUCCCUUUCCUUUGGACCCAGAGAUUUAUAUAACGAAAAUAGUUCCAUCGAAAACUUCACUUUUCAAAAGUGCAUUAAUGCCCGCCAAGCUGACUUUCGUCACUACUAUUGGCAAACACGAAUAUGUAGCAAUUUUUAAGCAUGGCGAUGACCUACGUCAAGACCAACUUAUACUUCAGAUGAUAACCCUAAUGGAUAAAUUGUUGCGGCGUGAGAAUCUCGACCUGAAACUAACCCCCUAUAAGGUGCUGGCCACCAGCUCGAAACAUGGCCUCUUACAGUAUAUCGAUUCGUUUACUGUAGCCGAUGUUUUGGCGCGCGAAGGCAGCAUACAUAACUUUUUCCGCAAGCAUAAUCCCUGCGAAAAUGGACCCUAUGGCAUUGCGGCAGAAACUAUGGAUACAUAUAUAAAAAGCUGUGCCGGCUACUGUGUGAUAACAUAUCUUCUAGGUGUUGGCGAUCGUCACUUGGAUAACUUGCUGCUCACGACGAACGGCAAGUUGUUCCACAUCGAUUUCGGCUACAUACUGGGACGUGAUCCGAAACCGAUGCCACCGCCCAUGAAGCUGAGCAAAGAAAUGGUCGAGGCCAUGGGCGGCGUUAGCUCCGAUCAUCAUCAUGAAUUUCGUAAACAAUGUUAUACGGCAUAUUUGCAUUUGCGGCGACACGCCAAUGUUAUGCUGAAUCUGUUUUCACUGAUGGUGGACGCCUCAGUGCCCGAUAUAGCGCUCGAACCGGACAAAGCUGUGAAAAAGGUCGAAGAAAAUUUGCAGUUAGGCCUAACAGAUGAGGAGGCGGUGCAGCAUUUACAAGCGCUACUCGAUGUCUCGAUUACAGCUGUAAUGCCAGCACUGGUCGAACAAAUUCAUAAAUUAGCUCAGUAUUGGCGAAAGUAAAUGCAUAAUAAUACUAAUAAUAAUUCAUUGUUAUAUACAUAAGCUCUUUAUUUGCCAACCUCAUCAUUUGCAUGCAUGUUUUUUAAGAGUAAUUUUUUUAAGUUCUAGAACAGACAUGUUGAAAGUAUCAUAAGCAAAUGUUAUCAAAGAAUUUUAUGUAUGAUUUUAGUGUAUGGUAUGCAUAUAUGUACAUAUGUAUAUCUUAGCGAGUAAAAUGUUUUAUUUAGACAAAUUUAUAAACACCCUACUUCAUUAAUCACAUACAUACAUUUAUGAAUAUGUAAUAACAAAAAACAAAACAAAAAAAUAGAUUUACUGACUACUAUAACAAUAUAAACAUAGUUUACUAUUUUUAUAAUUAAAAAAGAAAAGCGUUAACUUCGUUUGCACCGCAGCUAUAACACCCUACACAAAUAAAAGAAGUCUCCAUAUAAGAACUUGA